AGAAAAGUUUGUGUGUGAAAAAUAAAUGUUAAUUUUCGGAGCAUAAUGGAAAUGUUCCAAAGGAAUCCAUAAAUGAUUUAUGCACUUGAAACAUCUAUAAAUGAAAAUAAAAUCUGAAGGACAUUUUGCGACAGGAGAAACAUUUAAAACAUAGAAAAGUACAUCAUGAAAAAUCAUGCUAAAAACACCACAUAGACACAGCAUAUAUUCAUUAUAUGAAGUACAUCUAAAAGGAAUAAUGAUGAUGAUGAUGAUGUUGAGAAUAUAAAGUACAUUGUAGCUAAAAGAUGUGAUGUGCAAAAAAGGAGUAUAAAGAAAGACGGCAUGAUUUUUAUAAGAGAAUGAAUUGAAAAUUUUCUAUUUAAAAAAGAGUGUUUUCAAUUGCAGUGUUAAUAAUUAAUAGUCAUUUACACAGUGAAGAAAAUUUAUGGUGAUGAUGAUGAAUAUAAAUGAGGACAAGUUUGAAAAGAUUGCAAAGAUGACGCUGGAAUAAAUCGAGGCUUGAUGACAAUGUGAUUUUUUUUCGUGCGAAAUUUAUAAUUUCUGUCUGAUACAAAAAAUGGACUGUAGAAGCAAUAAAUUAUUAGAUUUAUGGAUUUUUAUAAUAUGCAUACUAGAUAUGACAAAUGGUGGCUUUCAAAGUACAUUAAAUGAGAAUUUCACAAGAUCUACCGCGAUUGACGAGUAUCAGACCGCAUCAACGACAGUGACACAAACUUCAAUUAUACAUAAAAUAAGUGUCACGUCAACUCCGACAAAUUAUGAGAUCCUGUCCGAUGAUAAGAGCGGAUUUAGUUUGACGCAACCAGCAAUAAUAAGUGAACCGUAUUUCGAUUCUCAAACGCCAAAGAACGUGACAGGACUUGUAGGGAAAUCGGCAUUUUUGAAUUGUCGUGUCAAAAAUUUAGGAAAUAAAACUGUAUCAUGGAUUCGACAUCGUGAUAUACACAUAUUAACUGUUGGAAGCUAUACGUAUACAAGUGAUCAAAGAUUCCAAGCAACACAUCAUAAAGAGACUGAUGAUUGGACGCUGCAAAUUAAAUGGGCACAAAAAAGGGAUAGUGGAGUUUAUGAAUGCCAAGUAAGCACACAGCCGGUUCACAGCUAUUUUGUAAACUUGAACAUUGUAGUUCCAACCGCAGCGAUUCAUGGUGCACCAGAUUUACACUUUGAUAAGGGUUCAACAAUCAACUUGACAUGUACAAUAAAAUUUAGCCCCGAGCCACCUGCAUACAUUUUUUGGUAUCAUCUCGACGAGGUAAUUUCCUAUGAUUCAAUGCGGGGAGGUGUGAGUGUAAUUACUGAGAAAGGAGACAUUACAAUAAGCUACUUGCUCAUUCAGAAUGCUGAUUUAGCAGACUCCGGACGUUACAGUUGCUCUCCAUCCAACGCGGAUGUUGCUAGUGUUCGUGUUCACGUUUUAAAUGUUCGCGCUUUAAUUUCAGGUGGUGAACAUCCCGAAGCAAUGCAGACGAGCUCGUGUCAGUAUCAAUAUCAAAAGGAUCAUUACAUCAAAAUGACAAGUCUAAUGAUAAUAGUAUUUUUAUACAAUCACAUUCUGUGGCCCAUAGCAAUAGCAUCGAAACUAUACAGUGUCUGCUAUGAACACUCAUCACAUCUGUGUACAGCAUUGUUCAUUAAAACUAAAAGCUGAUUCUCAAAACCAGCGACAGAUACAACAACAACAAAAACUUUAGAUUUACUUGAAGACUUCUUUCAUUUUUUAAUUGAAAGUAAAGUGGAAGUGAACAGAUGAAAACGAAUUUCCUCAAUGAACAGAAUGCGAAAAGAAGUAAUAGGAAUAAGCAACAAAACAAUAAAUCAAAAGCAAAUGAAAGAGAACAAACGAGAAAGAAAAACUUGUACAGAUUGUGGGGGAUCUGAGAAAUAUGAUGUGAAAAGUUAGAUAGAAAAAAGCGAAACUCAUUUUUACAACCAUAAAAUUUAAUGAAUGUUUCAAACUUUAUAACUUGUAUAGAACAAAAAAAAAAUAAAAUGAAUGAAAAUAAAUAAAAUGAUCCACGAAGCUUUGCA